AUGAAACUAAUAAUCUUAGCAAAUCUACUAGUAGUAUUGGUGUUCCUUGUUGGUACCAUUAAUGGUCAAUCAUCAUCAUUACCAGUAAUGAUAUUCGAUCAACAACCAGACCUUAGCAUUCAAUAUUUAGAAAUUGAUUUAUAUUCCGGUAUUGUUUUCAAAAAAGUAUCAGUUCCCAACCCUGAUGGUUCUAAACUCUUAAAGUGGGUUCGUGCAGUUUAUCCAUAUGUUGCAUUCUUUACUAGUAAUAAUAAUGGAACCCUUUUCCAAAUCCAUUCAUUAAAUAUUAAUACCAAUGUAUUAGAAAACACCUAUAAUUCAACUACCAGCUUUUUGUAUCCACCAAUUCUGUCUGAUCAACCAUUUGGAUAUUUUUGGGGGCAAACAAUGACUGCCUAUUUCCCAGGUUUGGCUGGAAAUGGAUUUGAAACUACCUCUUUACUUCCAUACAGUUUCAAUACUCAAUAUCCAUCAAAUUCGCCAAUUAUGUUGGGACCAGCACAAUUAAAUGAUACCGCUCAAUUUAAUUCUAUUCCAAUCUCUGCUUUUGAUGGAGUUGAUUACUUUUAUGUCCUCUUUUCAAUUGGUGAUCUUACUGGUAUUAGUACCUACUCUCUUCAAGGUAGUACAUCUAAACAAGUUAUCUUAAACAUUCCAGGUCGUUCCAUCCAAGGUACCGAACAAUUGUUUAUGUUGUAUGGUCAACUAUACUAUUGUGUCUUGGAGAAUGGAGUAGGUAUAACUGUAUCCAUUAUGAACCUAGUCAAUGGAGAAGUUGAAAUCAUCUACAAGGAUCUCAACCCAGGUUACCAGAGUACAUUCCAACCAUUUGUACUCAACAAAAUUACUGGUACCAUCACUAUCCUAGUUCAAACACCUGAUGAUAAAAUCUUGGUCACCGUUCUCUCCUAUAACCAAUCAACAAAACAAUACACCAUUGAUAAUGUUAUUCCAACAAAUUCAAGUUUUAUUAUUCCAUCCAUUUAA